AUGAGCAAAUUAGUGGACACACUCAGAGCCCACCAAGCCCUGGUCAUGUGGACGAACGCCGUGUUCCAGUACCCGUUCAAGUUGUUUAUAACCCUGGAGCAACCAAUAAGAAAGAAGCUUGCACAACUGUACGAGACUGUUCAAGAACACGAUGAGGUCGGUACCCUGAGGCCGGAUAUAGAGGUUGAUCGCCCCUUGAACAACGAGCCUGUCGAUAUCGAAGCCAUACAGCAGCUGAAGCUACUUGAAGAGUUGUAUGAUACGGAUCUCAAGCCGAUGUUUGACAUGCGGCGGGAUAUCGAAACGAAGAAGCUGGCUACCAUUUCGUACACAGACCUAUGGCAUCUCUUCCGUUAUGGACAGGAAGUUAGGGCCAGCGACAACGAUACGCAGGUAUACCGAGUGUUGAGGUGGACGGGAGGACGCGAACCUCUUGCGAAGCACGGCCUAUUGGCGGAGCUCCAAGCUCGCGCCGCUCUCGAUGCCCAGUCCGCACCCCGAAACGAGAACCGGGGUGAGACAUUCAUUGUGGAAACUGCCAGCUUUGAGUUUGAUGGUUUCCACUACGGACCUGUUCAAAAGACGUUUGUAGUCCGGAAAUACGACGGAGAGAAACCCAUCACUAGUCUUCCCAUCUUUCCGCUAGCUUUCGAUCCGUCUCACGAACAGCUACGACAGCGGUUGAUACAUCGAGGCAACGUGUACCUUCAGCUUUCGCAAGCCGAUCAAGCGUCGCACAAACACUACCACGGUCUCACGCUAGAUGAGCCCCACGAGGAGGUCGACUCCCAGAUCAUCGUAGACACUAAGAUGGCUAUGCUUCGAUACCAUACUACACUCUCACCUGUAGGAGUGGGUAGCUUGGUAGGUCACAAUCUUCGAGAAACGUACGAAGAAACAGUCAACCCUACCGUCACCGAUGGCGUCUGCGCAGAAGACGGAUGCUGCGACAACGAGCUUGUCCACAAAGACUAUGGUUGGGACAUGCAGCAUGAGGAGCGAUAUAUGGAAGACCAUAGAUUCGACCUCGAGCCUACGACCGACCCAGCCGAUCUCGAUGAUGAGGACAAACUUCUACUGCCUCCUUUCGUGUACGGGUUCGUUCUGCGAAGUCGCAAGUGGGCCAAAUUCAGCAUCGACUGCAUCCGAGAUGUCGAAUACACCAGCGGGUUCAGUGACUUGGUAUUGCCCUCUGGUCAUAAAGAGACUGUGCGGGCAUUGGUUGCGAAUCACGCACGACUACCUACCACAGGAGGAAAUGGACCGCAUAACCAGAAGUCCAUCGAUCUUGUUCGGGGUAAAGGGAAAGGCUUGGUUAUUCUGCUGCAUGGCGCGCCCGGUGACACUGCAGCUGAGGUAGAAACCAAUCUCGAGAGUAGUUUCCAGCUUGCACACAAGUGGGGCUGUGUCCUCCUCUUAGAUGAAGCCGACAUCUUUCUCCAGAAGCGCGACAAGACGGACAUCAAGCGCAACUCGAUCGUGUCGGUGUUCUUGAGAGCACUUGAGUACUACAGUGGCAUCCUGUUCUUGACGACCAACCGUGUGGGCCUUUUUGAUCCAGCCUUUCGUUCCCGCAUUCAUAUCAGUCUCUACUACCCUGGGCUUCAAAAAGAUGCUACGAUUCGGAUCUGGAAGAUGCAUCUGUCGCGCACUCAGGAGAUAAAGGGCGAUCAGUUCAAGAUCAGAUCAAAAGAAAUCUUGAAGUUCGCCAAAGAGCAUUACAUGGAACUCAAGAAGGCUGGUUCAGGCAGUUGGAAUGGAAGACAAAUCCGCAAUGCUUUCCAGACUGCGAUCGCCCUCGCAGAAUUCGAGACAACGGAGAAGAAUGACGAACACGGGGUCGGUCACAAACCUCACCGAGUCGAGCUUUCUCAGGAACAUUUUUCUACAGUUGCAAAAGCCUCUGCUGAGUUUGACACGUAUCUCAAGAGCACACUUGGAGGCCAGACGGAGUCUGAUAUCGCCAGACUGGAACAGACACGAAUGGAUGAGUAUUCUUCGUUGAGAAGCAGAACAGAUGCGCACCUCCGGCCAUCUAAAGCCAGGGGAAAGACUGGAAGAAAAGGGAAGAAUGUGACUGAUAGCGAGGAUAGUGAGAGAGACUCAGAAGAGAGUGAACGAAGCGAAGACUCUGAGGACCCAGGAAAGGCGAGUGACUCACAAAGCGAUACCGAGGAGGAGGAGGAGGAGCGGGUUAUCGUGAAAUCUUCCAAGGGAAAGAAGGAUGGGAAAAGGCGCAAGUAG